AUUUCAAACGCACCGCCGACCCCUCCUCUAUCACUUUGUCUCGCCUCUCACCAGGGCAGUCACGUGACGCAGUGACAUCAGAGGUUCCAGCUCUCCAGGUUCCUUCCCGGCAGGUGAGCGAUUGACAUGGAAAAGCUGCAGUUCCAAGGGGGCGACCGGGCCGUUGAUGAAUACGCCGAGUACAGGAGUGGGGGAUGAUGAUGGAGGGAAACUAUUUACCCCUGAAGAGUAUGAGCAAUAUAAGAAAACUGUGCUUCCAAUGCGCCUGCAGAACAGACUGUAUGUCAGCUGGAGAUCACCAUGUGGUAUGGAUUGCAAGCUUGUUGGACCAGAGACAGCUUGCUUUUGUACACACAGAUACAAACAGCACAAAACCGAUUUCAAGGAACUUCCUAAGGAAAGGCCAGUACUGUUGCCUUGUAAAGUGAGUAAAUGUCCAUGUAAGUCAUUUCAUUACAUCCCGCUCAAUGGAUCACGUCCCAUUCGCUGCAGAUGCAAACACUUUGCUGAUGAACACAGCCUGGCCGGGACCUAUCACUGCACCAAAUGUACAAAAUGUUCAGGUUUUCACAGCUCCUUUACAUGUGGAUGUGGCCAACCAGCUUAUGCUCAUGACACGAUUGUAGAAACCAAAGAGGAACGCUUGGCCCAGGGAAAACCAGUUGGGCAUGAUGUCCCUUAUGCUUCAAUGGGUGGUCUGACAGGCUUCAGCUCUCUUGCUGAGGGAUACAUGAGAUUGGAUGCAAGUGGCACAGGUGCACCGGGUGCAAGCUUUUUGGAGUCUUCUCAAAGUGGAGCAUCGCACCCAUUCCUGAAAAUGUAUGACAUGCCCUGUACAGUGCAGGGUGUCUCAGAACCGCCCGGUAUUGAUAAGCAAGUGUCCAGCAUGAGACUUUCAGAGGAAGAUGAUAUGGCAUACUUUGAGCGCCGUUAUCAGGAGAGGUUGCGGAAGGAAAAAGAACAUAAAAGACAGAAGAACAGCAAGCCUCCCACAACGCAACGUCCAUAACCAGUUUCUCAGCUGCAAGAAUUUUUUUUUAAAUUUUUAUUUUAAAUUUAUUUUUAACAAGGGUAAAUAAAAAAAAAAUUAAACAUACAGUAUACCCCAUUUGCAGCCUCUACAUGGAAACCAUACUCUAGUUCAGUGCUGUCGAACUUAUGUGGUACAGAGGACUGACAUUUUUCUAGCCUACGUGGUGGAGGGUCAAUAAUGGAAGCCAGUGUUGACCACUCCCUAUUUUUAAACCUCACUCACAUACUUACAUUAAUUGUUGUAGCUCACCAAAAAACCAAAUGGUUGGUGCUGACUGCAGGUCAUCACUCGUGAAAAAAGUCAUUUUAAGACAUACCCUUAAAUUCAUAUGUCUCUUCCUCCUCUGUGGAUAGUACUUCAACCCCAGCACAUGAUUUAACAGGUGUGUACAAUACAGGUUCUUACAGGUCAGGGUCUUGAGCCAAGGGCAGAUGGAGCAUUGUAAUUUUUUUGGGGCUGAGAGAAGCGGAUCCACUCCGUACCCCAUCUCCAUUGAUUGGAAUAAGAUCCACUUUCGUACAGUCAUACACCAGUGGUUGGGCCAAAUAUGCUAAAGCAAGCAUUUUCAGUCCGACCUCCACUCCACUGAGUGUGAUUAUGCAGAAGAGGUUCAAAUUAAUGGAGGUGGGGCACUGAGUGGAUUAGCUUGUCUGCCCUUGGUCUUGCAGGUGUGAACAAUGCAGAGGUUUUACAGCCUUAAAGGGCACUAAUCAUAAGUAAAGACGCUAUGUGAAAGUUCAAGAAAUCCGAAAAUAGUUUAAAAAUUGUUUGUAUAAUGUAAAUCAUCAGCUCACUAUACCUUCUGCGAAAUCUCCCAUCUAUCUCCACUGCUGUUUUAGCUGAGGCAGCCAACUGCAGCUCUGAAAUCUAGCACAUGCUCAGUAGACUGCAAGCUCCACUGUGAACAUAUCAUACCCAAAUCAAGACAAAUUGGAGGUUCCUGCAUAUAGUAUUAUUGAAUCAAGUUCACGAAGAAAUGGUCUGUGCAUGUAUUCAGCUUUGCCUUUUUUAUCUUACGGUUUAUUUAAGCUUACCAUAUAUAAAUAAUUUCUAAUAUA